AUGCUGCGACUCACGGGCAGCUUAUCGCUCGUUUUUCUCACCCUGCUUUCGUCAACGCAUGCACACCAUUCGUAUUCCUUCGAAAAUACUGCUAUCGUCCGCCAGGUCGAACUUGCAGGGUCCCUCGUGCAGGUGGUCACCACGUAUGCCGUGAAGGCGCUCGAGAAGAACGCGAAAGCGUACACUAUUGCUUUGAGCUCGAAUGACAAGGAAAAGACCAGCUGGCUGGAGGCAAAGGUGAAGGGACAGCAGCAGGCACUUCCGGUGCGUGAUCAUGGCAAGGAACCUACCAAUGGGUACCAUCUCAUCGACGUGGAGCUACCCAAGCCACUGGGGCUCAACGAAACGUUGAAUAUUGUGCUGGAAACCAUACAAACCCACGCAGCAAAGCCGUGGCCAGCAUCUGCUUCCCAGAACGAUGAACAGUCCCUUCUGUUCAAGACAGACUUGUUUGUCAUCAGCCCAUAUCAGACACUAGUUCAAAGAAGCAAGUUGAGGUCACCGACACCCCGCAUCGUAGAGUUCACGGAGCCAAAAGACCUUGAAGCGUUCACCCUAGACACUCCUGCAACCAAGUCAGGCGCGACCAUUACAUAUGGGCCAUUCAACAAUAUUCCUCCGUCAGCGGAUGAGGACUUCCUGUCUAAAACCCAGCAACCCAUCUCGGUGCAGUAUAUGUAUGACCACCCAGUUUUGGAGGUCUCGUCAUUGAAGCGUGCGGCCGAAAUCAGCCACUGGGGCUCCAACUUGAACAUUCAAGACGAGAUUCGUCUACGCAACGGGGGACCUGAGUUGAAGGGACACUUCUCGCGACUUGAUCACCAAGCGCAGGCAUUCUACAAACGCCCUUCACCCCAUGUUCUUCCCGCUCUUUCACUGCAUCUACCCGCUGGCAUUCGCAACACCUAUUUCUACGAUAUCAUCGGGAACGUUUCAACCUCUCACCUCCGUGUGGCGCCCGCUCCACCAAAGUCACUAAAGUCGCGUACCCCACAGUACAGCGUCCUGGACCUCCGCCCGCGUUAUCCCCUCCUUGGCGGCUGGAACUACACAUUCACCCUUGGUUGGGACUCUGACCUCAGUGACUCGGCUGUAUAUGACAGCAAGUCCGGAAAGUAUAUUGUCAAGGUCCCGGUUAUGACAUUGAUCCCUGGUGCGGUGGUUAACCAGGCAGAAGUUACAGUUAUUUUGCCCGAAGGUGCAACGGAUGUCGAUUUUUCCCUGCCUUGGCCAGCUGUUUCGACCUCGUCGUCCACAGUCACAACAUACCUCGACACGACCGGACGACCAGCGUUGACAUUCGUGUACGAAAGACUAACAACCAGGCACGACGGAGAUAUCUACGUUUCGUACAAAGUUCCAUUAUCCGCUCAUCUGAAAAAGCCGACCGCCGUCGCCACAGCCUUCAUGGGUCUCUUCGUCCUCACUCUCAUUGGGCGACGCAUCAAUCUCAGCCUCCAUCCGUCUAAAACAGCUUAG